AUGACUGUUGUGCGUUUAUGUCAGAACCCCAAGCUGGCACUAAAGAACAGUCCUCCCUACAUUCUAGACCUACUUCCCGACACUUACCAGCAUCUGCGAACCAUCCUGUCCUGCUAUGAGGGAAAGAUGGAGACUCUGGGAGAAAACGAAUACUUCAGGGUGUUCAUGGAAAACCUGAUGAAGAAGACAAAACAAACCAUCAGCCUCUUUAAAGAAGGAAAAGAAAGAAUGUAUGAAGAGAAUUCCCAGCCUAGGCGCAACUUGACCAAACUGUCUCUGAUCUUCAGCCACAUGCUAGCGGAACUGAAAGGCAUAUUUCCAAAUGGACUCUUCCAAGGAGACACCUUCCGAAUUACAAAGGCAGAUGCAGCAGAGUUCUGGAGAAAAGCUUUUGAGGAAAAGACCGUUGUCCCAUGGAAGACCUUCCGCCAAGCCCUCCAUGAAGUUCAUCCUAUAAGUUCAGGCCUGGAAGCGAUGGCGUUGAAAUCAACUAUUGACCUGACAUGCAAUGAUUACAUUUCAGUGUUUGAAUUUGAUAUUUUUACUCGUCUAUUUCAGCCAUGGUCUUCUUUGCUCAGGAAUUGGAAUAGCCUUGCAGUGACUCAUCCCGGGUAUAUGGCAUUCCUGACAUAUGACGAAGUUAAAGCACGACUUCAGAAGUUCAUUCACAAACCUGGAAGUUAUAUUUUUCGUCUGAGUUGUACCCGACUUGGUCAAUGGGCAAUUGGUUAUGUCACUGCAGAUGGAAAUAUCCUCCAGACAAUACCCCACAACAAACCCCUUUUUCAGGCACUGAUUGAUGGCUUCAGGGAAGGCUUUUACUUGUAUCCUGAUGGAAGAAACCAGAACCCUGAUCUGACUGGCCUGUGUGAGCCCACACCACAGGAUCACAUUAAAGUUACACAGGAGCAAUACGAAUUGUACUGUGAGAUGGGCUCCACUUUCCAGCUCUGUAAAAUCUGUGCAGAAAAUGACAAAGACGUGAAGAUUGAACCCUGCGGUCACCUCAUGUGCACCUCUUGCCUCACAUCGUGGCAGGAAUCGGAGGGGCAGGGAUGUCCGUUCUGCCGGUGUGAAAUUAAAGGCACAGAACCUAUUGUAGUGGACCCUUUUGAUCCCCGAGGAGGGGGAGGGCUUCUGCGGCAAGGGGCAGAGGGGGCCCCCUCUCCAAACUACGAUGACGACGAUGACAGAACAGAUGAAUCACUCUUCAUGAUGAAAGAGCUGGCUGGUGCAAAGGUAGAGCGUCCACCUUCUCCAUUUUCAAUGACUCCACAGGCAGCACUUCCCCCAGUACCUCCAAGGUUGGACCUUCUGCAGCAGCAGCAGCGUGCGUCCAACCCACCUGGCGCUUCAAGCCCAGGAACCACUUCUAAGGCUGCGCCUGGUUCUCUUCACAAAGAUAAACCUCUGCCGAUCCCACCAACUCACCGAGAUCUUCCACCACCUCCACCUCCAGACAGGCCACACGCCCUUGGAACAGAGAGUCGGCCCCAGAGACGACCCUUGCCCUGCACUCCAGGAGAUUGUCCUUCCAGGGACAAGUUGCCCCCCAUGCCCUGUAACCGUCAGGGGGAGCUCUGGCCAUCGCGACCAAUGCUGAAGGCUCCAACUGAAACAUGGGCAAGUAGGGAGCUGAAGAACCGCCAUUCCCUCCCAUUCUCACUGCCUUCUCAAAUGGAUUCCAGAAUGGAGACUCACAGACUUGGCAGUACUCUGAGCCUGGACACUCCGGUGGUGAGCAACCAACUUGGUGGGCUCCCUGCUGGCUCAGACAGCGAGCACUCUAAAAUAAAACCUUCUUCUUCUGCCAAUGCCAUCUAUUCUCUUGCUGCAAGACCGUUGCUUGCCCCAAAGCUGCUCUCUGGAGAGUCCCCUGGAAAUGAUGAAGACUCGGAGUACAUGUCCCCUUCCUCCUUGCCCCUGGUGCCACCUGGCUGUGCUGGACAAAAGUCCGAAGCCAAACUGCCUUUGGAAAUGAGUCCAGGUUCACGUGUGUUGGAGUGUGACCAGGAAGUAGAGGGAACUACCUAUGAAGCAAUGUUCAAUAUUCAGUCCCAGGCAGCACCAUGUUCCUCUGAAGCUGCCAGUGUGUCUGACAUGGGCGAUACAGUAGCUGAUGAUCACACCCCCAAUGGUCCAGAGGAGUCAGAGAAUGAGGAAGGUGGCUAUGACAUUCCCCGAUCAUCCACCCACACGGCCACAGCUCGUCACACGCUGUCCGAUAUCUCCAGUGCAACCCCCUCCUUCAGCCGUGCGUCUCUGGAUGGCGAAAUUCCAACAGAUGUCUCGGAUGUCUCCCAAGUUCCAGAGAGGCCACCGAAACCUUUGCCUCGGAGAAUAAACUCUGAACGGAAAGUGGGCAGCUGCCUGCAGGUCAGCGGGGCAGGGCCGGUCCCUGUGGCCUCUCCACAGCUCUCCAGCGAGAUCGAGAAUCUCAUGAGCCAGGGUUACUCGUAUCAGGACAUCCAGAAAGCCCUGCUCAUUGCCCACAACAACAUUGACAUGGCCAAGAAUAUUCUCCGGGAAUUUGUCUCCGUUUCUUCCCCCACGCAUGUGGCUACGUAGCAGCUUUCUCAGCCCUGCCUGAAGCCCCGUGCAUCCACCUGCGUGGGCAGUCUCUUGCCCGCAUCGGCCUGGAGGAGGUUACAGGCCCCUUGAGGGACUUCCUGCGAAGCUGGGCCUGCCUCUGCUGAGCGUCGGUCGUCAGGGUUUUGUGCAAGUCCAGGUGUUCCAGUGGAGUGAAAUGGAGCCGAUAGGUGUGUCUUCGGCAGUCUUGUGUAUCUCUUUGGGUUCUCCUCUCUUUGCCCACCCGCCCCCUCGCACUUUCUGGUUUGAGAGAACAGACGUGUUAACUUUUGAUACCGGUCACCGGUUUCCUUUGCCGGUAGAACGGGGAAGGGCUCGGUCCCCUUGUCCCGUGCUGUGAAUUCCAGCCAGAGGCUGAGAUGCUGAAUGGUCCCUCCCCAUCCCUCGCGGUUCAGGAUGCCACGCAUGGGCCUCUUUUGCUGCUGCAUGUUUUGGCUCAGGGUUUUCAAACCCUCUGCUGUCAGGUACCAGUCCUCAAUGAAGCGAGAGGUUUCAAUGCCUCCUUUCUGCCCCCCUUCCCUUUUCGCCCUUCCUCUGGUUCUGGCUGGCAUUUUCAGUGCUCCUUUGGAAGUCGGCCUCUUCCUGAUGCCAGCUUUACUUGCCACACACUGGAUUCAACGGCAUGGUAGAUGCUGACAGCUCUCACUUGGGUCAGGGAAGGUGCUUGUGCAGGUGGGGAGUAGAAGCUACUUAGUUUUGCAGCCCCCAACCUUCUGGGCUUUGAAGUUAUCCGGGCUGGGUUAGGCCACCACAGCGGUUUCAUGACAUUCCUGAUGUUAUGGAUGGUCAACGUAGCUGGCCUCUUAGCAGCCUUUAGAUGCCCUGUGGCGCUCCCACCCAUCCUCUCCUUUUCCUGUAGACCUCGAAUUAACACGCCGCCCAGAGCCACUCUUUUGUGAGAUGGAUGGCUAUAUAAAUAUGAUCAAUAAAUAGAGUUAACCGCGAGCAAGGUCCCUUAGACGUUUACAGAAGAAAGUAAAGUACGUAGCACCCCCGGGAAUCAAUUACCUGCUCAGUAGUAAAAAUGCACCCGUUUUGUGUCAGGCGUCUAUGGAGCACCUCCAAAGACGGCAAUCCUUUUUCCUGGCUUGUUAUAUCAGGAGCAAAAGGUUAGAUCCUUGAAAAGAAACUCUACUGGAAGACUUAACGUUUGGGAAAGGCGCUGACUUUGUGAUGCCCUGGUUUAAGCUGUGAUGUUGCUUGCUGGCCUGAGUAUUUAGGGAAGCGAGAGGAUGAGCCUUUUGCAGUCGAGUGAAAAGUCAGCAAGCGGCUUUUUUUCACACGUCUUUCCUCAUCUGCUUGCCAGCUUUCAGUGUCAUCGGCAGGAUGAGAGCACGUGCCCUGGUACGAAAGUGGACAUCUUGAGAUCCACCGCACGCUUGGGUUCCUUGUUUAAAUAGUAUUAGUUCCUCUGCCCUAGUGAAAUGCAGAGGCCUUACAAGAGGCCAGAGAAGAGAGUUUCUGUGGAGUAACCUUUUCUUCUCGGGAGGUGUCACCUGAUGUAGGAAGGUCUUCUCUGGGCAGCAGAAGGCACCAAGAAGGGCUUAGGUGGCCAAGGCUUCACAGAAGCCCAAGCCCCCUCUGGACGUCGGUGAUGCCAGUCCAAGCUUGCUGCCUGUGCGUGAAUCAAGAUGAACUCGUUGAGCCUGGAGGCCUCAGGGAGAGGACUCAUGAUGUGCAUGAGGGAGAUGCUGAUGGCACCUAGAAGCAGGGAAUUGUACAUUCCUGCUGCAGGGACAGGAUGGGAGACAUUUUUUAAAGAGUCGCCAUGGCUUUCCUUUUUCCCCCACAGCCUAACAGUUGGUGGAACCCUUUUCUGUUUCUCUCCAGGGUGGUGAUUAAAUCUGUGUCAAUUCAAGAAUCAGUUUCUCAAAUUCCUUGCAAAACUGAAGAAGCUGUUAGUGUGAUCCUGGGGGAAUUGUUGAAGCUUCUUGGUGGAAGCGAGUUCUGUGCACUGUUAUCAGCCCAUGUCCUUGUUAGGGAAGGCAUUUGUUUCUCUGUGGGUGCCAUUCCACGGAUUACAUAGACCGGGGUGAGCAUUGCAAUGCGUGUACCCGACUGGAUUCUUCUGCAUGCGUGCUUUUAUUUCCUUUUCACGUCUUAAAUUUCACAAAGAUGAUUUUUAAGCGUCUCUCUUUAGGAACCACAUGAAUGUCAUAGUUUGGCAAGCACAAGGGAGGUACAGGGAAAAAUGCUUCCUGGGGUAUGUUCCCUGCUGCUUUUACAUUUGACCUUCACCCUCCCCCCCAGUCUCUUAAUUUUAAAAAAGGGUUGAUUUAUUUUACUGAAAGCCAAUGUAUAGUGCCUUUUUAAUAGGGGAAAUGCUGUUCUCUCCAAGAACGAAUCUGAAGCUAGACCGAAAACUUGACUGCAGAGUCCUGGAGCUCCUCCUUGCGUACAGUAGCUUGCAAGGAAGGAGCAACGGUUGGCCUCAAGCUAGCCUGACCGUGUGUAGCAGCACUCAGCCCCAACAAGCUGUCCUCCCGUAGCCUCGUUAACAACGAAACGCUGGUGUUUCCCGCCCAAAGCUGUACUUGAAGGUGAUGGAGCAUGGCUGGAAAAAUUUAACGUAGCCAUGGGAAACACCAACCCUUCCAUCAUUUGUUUCCUCCUUGAAACAGAGUCCACCGGUCUGGAAGCCAAGUCCAGUUGGCACCUUCAGGGGUAUCUAGAGCCUGCCUUGGGCCAAGUUUUGGGGCAUCUUCUGCCUUUGGCCUGAAGGGACAGAGCAUGGUCCGCUAGAGUUGCCUCUUGGGCACUGUGCUGACGUUUCCAUUCAUUUCUCCUGUGUGUGUGUGUGUGUGUGGUGUGCAUGUGUGUGGCUGGACAAGGAGUUUCCUGUGGAUUAAGUAUUCAGUGCCUGUUCAGUUCACAGAGAAUUUCUUUCCUUACAAGUGUUGCCUCCCUGCAUCUUAAAACUGCAGCUGCAUUUGGGACAUCAUCUGUGGUUCUGUAGCUUGCAGCAAACCCUGGAGCAGUGGAAUUAACCACGGGUGGCCACGUCCACCCACUGCUGGAGAGUUCCUGUUCUUUAGGACUAAAACUGCAACACGGGGAGAGGUUACGCUAAAUUAUAAAUUAUCUUUGCUGGGUAGGAAAGAGUGGUUAAUAAGUAGCUUUAUUUCUUCUGAAGGUUGAGAACCAAUUUAAUAUUGGUGUUAAAAAAGAUCAGAUUUUCACUGACUAUUUUAAAAGUUAUAAUAUCAUUAAUAUAAAAAUAUAUUAGCAGUAUUUAAUCCUUUCAGACCUGUAAAGAGUAAGAACAGAAGGUAAAUAUUCUUACAGAAUAGCCGAGCUUUAAGAUUCAUUUGGGCUAAAGUCCUCAUGUUUGUUUUGCAAAUGCAUUGUUAAUGUUUUAGAGGUUAUACUAAUGUUAUUUAUUUUUCAUUUUUCAUUCUGGUAAGGGGCCCACUAAAGAGCUUGGUGGGAGGAGGGGUGGGGGAGUUUAGAGUAUUUCAUGUGUGUCAAUAAAAAGAGAAACAAAAGCAAAAGUUUUAUUUUUAAAUAAAUUUCUUU